CUUCACUCGCUCACACACUCAUCGUCGUAUAAAAAAAAAAACGAAAACGAACAAGGGUUUGGUCUUGUAGUGAUAUCGCAACCUGGUGGUUUUAGGUUCGAAUCUCUUAAAACGGACUACGGUGAUCAAUCAUUCAUGGCCAGCACGACCAGUUUGGUGAUCAUCCUAGUGCUGUUCAUCUCCGCGCCAACCACCGCCACCGCCCAGGACCAGGAGGCUCCCAGGCUGCCCGUGGAGCCCUACUGGGAAUGCAACGGCGGCGACGGCGGCGACGUGGGCACGGCGGUGCAGAUGAAGCAGAUCCUCGUCCAGGACCUGGCCAACGUGGUGCCCGGCCGGCUGAGAAUGAACUACUGCAACGUGUACACGCUGAACGGGCUGCAGAUGUUCGGGUUCGCGGAGUGCACGAUCCACGGCGCCCCCGGCGACGUGCCGGGCUGCCGGCAGUGCUUGUCGGAGGUGGGUCAGCAACUGACGCAGAACUGCGACGACACGGGUGUGGGUCACGCCUGGGAUGUCGCCGAGAGCGGUUGCUACUUCAAGGUCGGCUUCUCCCGAGACGUUUGUCCCCAAGGUGUGGCGGCGCCGGAGGCCGUCGAGUCGUAACGGCCAUGUUGCUGCCCGGUGAUACGAUUUCCCUUUUUCGUUAAUAAAAUUUGGUCGCCCCUUUAUAAAAGAUAUAUAAAAAA